UUUUUUGGAGAAACUUCCACACACACGUGCUGUUUUCAAGGUUGGAGUGCAAAGAUGGCUGCUGUCGAGGAUACAACGAUUAACAAGAAUGAGAGCAAAAUAGAAAGUUUAGACGCUGUUGAGAAACGUAUUGUCAAACAAAUAGAGUAUUACUUUGGAGAUAAGAACUUUCCAAGAGACAAGUUCCUCAGACAAAAGGCUGAAGAGGACGAUGGRUGGGUUACAUURGAUUGUUUACAAACAUUUAGCAGAUUAAAGGCAAUGUCAGUGGAAAACCAAACUCUUGCCGAUGCCAUCAAGAGGGCAAACAGUAAAUUACUUGAGGUCAGUGAUGAUGAUAAGAAAGUUCGYCGACUYAAGUCUGUUCCUCUUCCUGAAAACACAGUUGAAGCAAGACAGACUGCAAAGGCCAAAACAGUUUACUGUAAAGGAUUUCCCAAAGAAACUACCCUGGAUCAACUAGAAGAAUUCUUUGGCACUUAUGGAAAUGUCGUUUACAUUAUGAUGAGAAGAGUAUAUCAAACGAAGGAAUUCAAGGGUUCUGUAUUCGUCGAAUUUACCACAUUAGARGAAGCUAAGAAAUUCUUAGCAGAAGAAAAGUCUACAUAUAAAGAUGAGGAGCUUAUCAAAAUGUUGAGAGAGGAAUAUUACAAAAAGAAAGAGGAAGAAAAGUCACAGCUUAAAGAUGACGAAAGAAAAAGAAAAGCUCAGUAUGUUUAUUUUAUAUAUAUUAAUACACUUUGUCAAUAAAAUGCAUUACACAUUGGCUAGUUUAAACUUUAUCA